AUGGUACUGGCUACUGAGAAAACCAAGCUCCUCUCUCUGGCCGACUUCAGCCGCCUCCUGGCCCAGGACAUAGAGGUCGACAUGUCGGGCCUCAUGGCAUGCAGUGAUGAGUUCGUCUUGUUAGUGCCUCUCAGAGGCCCUAAAAUUGCCGUUUUCUCCGCCGAGACCACUCGGAACGAUGUCAUCAGCACAGCACUAACUGAUAUGGGAGCCGAAGUUCGCAGGUGCUUCCGCAACAUCUCCCCCGCCUCCGCUCCGGAGGGGAAGACUCUUGAGGAGUACUGGCGGGGUAUCGACCGCGCGCUUGAUUGUGGCCCCGAUCUGAUAGUUGACGACUGCGGUGACGCAACACUCUUGAUCCAUGAGGGUGUGAAAGCUGAAAAGAUUUAUGCCAGGACUGGUCAGUUGCCAAACCCCUCUCUCGCCGAUACUGCCGAGUUCCAGAUUGUUCUCACCAUUAUCAGGGAUGGGCUGAACUCUGAUUCCACGAGGUACCGCAACAUGAAGGACAGGCUCGUUGGUGUCACUGUGGAGACCACCGCUGGUAUUGACAGGCUUAACCGGCUGCAAGCUAAUGGAGCUCUGUUGUUUCCUGCCAUUAAUGUCAACCACUGUUUCACCAAGAGCAUGUUCAGUGAGUCGACCGAUUUCCUCUACGCUCUUUUUAAUGGCAUAAGGGAAGCUACCAACAGGAUGAUUCCGGUGACACAAGCCGUUGUGUGUGGAUACGAAGAUGCCAGCGAGGGAUAUGCUAUUGCACUAAAGCAGGCUGGCGCUAAAGUGGCUGUGCUCGAGGUUGAUCCCAACCUCGCUACUCAAGCUGUCCUCCGAGGUUUCUCAGUGGUCAAGACCCUUGACGAUGUUGUUUCUAAAGCUGACGUACUGGUCAUCUCCUGCAACAACAUGAACAAUAUCGCUGCGGUUAAGCUGCACUUAAAGAAGAUGAAGAACGACGCCAUUAUUUACGAUGUGGAUUCAAUAUUAUCGGACCAUAGUAACAACGCCCUAUGCUGGACACAAGCACAUCUAAAGGGUCAAUUCUCACGCCGACAAAUGGGUCUUUCCUGA